AUGGAAUUUCCGAAUAAACAAUGGUUUGAUAAUAAAUUAUAUAAAUUAGAAAAUUUUUACAGAAAGAAUAAUUCUGUUCAUUAUUAUUUAAAAAAAAAUGAUAUAGUUACUGCUCUAGCUGAAAUUAGAAAAGGAACAUCUCCUUUUAUGAGGGAUGAAUGUAAUAGAACUGCUUUAGAUUUAGCUAUAUUAUUAUUUAUGAGAAAAUUUCAUGAAUCAAUUUUUACAUCUUUUAUUACUGAUUUUAUAUAUAAAAAUAUUAGUGAUAAAUCAAGGAUGGAGUUUGUAUAUAAUAAAAAAGGAGAAAUCAUAAAUUAUGAUGAAAAAAUGUUUUAUUGUUAUGAUGACAUUAUGGAACAAUUAAAGAAAAAUAAGAAAUCAAAUAGAAAUAAAAUGAAAAGUUAUAAUGAUGAUAAUAUUAUAUCAUGUCUAUUACUACAAAAAAAAAUAAAAUAUUCUCCUUUAUUAGUAAAAUAUCAAGAUGAUUCAAAAUAUACUUCAGAAUUAGAAUAUAAAAAAAAAGAUUUGCUAUUUUUAUUUGAGGAAGUGUUAACUACCCCAAUGUCUAAAAAUAUUCAAGUACAGCUAGAUGAACUAUUAAGAAAGAUGAACGCUCUCCUAUUUUUUAUAAAAACAUUAAGUAAAAAUAUUACUUUAAAAAAAUAUUCAGAAUCUGUUAUUAAAGAAGAAAUUUCAAAUUUAUCUUUUCCUUUUUUGUAUAAUACUACUAUUCAUACUCUUUUUAGACUAUUUCCUUUAAAUCAUUAUAAUGAAAAAUGGAAUAUAAAAAAUCCUGCUGAUUCGAGAAGAUUAAUUAACAAAAUCCUUUCGAAAAAUUUAAUAGGUAAUGAAAUAAUUAAAUUUAUUGGAAAGUCAUUAUUUUAUUUUUCUGAUCUACUUAAGAUAUAUAACCCAAAUGUAUUUAAACAAGAUCCUAUAAUUUCUCAAUAUUUAUUACAUAUGUCUUUUACACUAGAUAAUGAAUACCUUUUUAAUCUUAUAAUUAAUAAAAAUAACGUUUUUGAUAAAAUUGAUAUAUUUCAUUGGGACGAAUUAAUAGACUCCAUAUCACCUUAUAAAAAAAUGUUUAAACCCUAUUAUAAACCAUUAAUAUAUGCAAGAUUAAAAAAAGAGUUUUUAGAUAUAUUAGAAAAAGAUUUUUAUGAAUAUAAAAAAAAGGACAUAAAAAAUCAUAAAAAGAAUAAUACUUCAAAAUAUAUAAAAGAUGAUUUAAAUUCUACAUUUCGGAUAUUGAAAAUAUAUGAGGAUAUUUUUAAUGCUUCUGAUUAUAAUGAACUAGAAAAAGUGUUAAAAAAAAAAAUUUUGAAAUUGGAAGAUAAAAAAAGGAAAAAAAAAGGAGAAAAAACUAAAAUAUAA